AUGCUCGACACGCUGGAGUCGCAAAUUCAUUUCGUAAAGGAGAUCCAGCGGGUCGACGCGACUGGCGUGGAGCCCCUGCAAAGCAUCCGGGACGAAAGUCCCGAGGCAAUGAAGGCGAACACCAUAGGACUAGAACAGCUGCGAGACGCCCUGGCCAAGGAACGAGUAGUCGGUCGUAAUAAGAGAAUCCAGCGGGUGGAAACGGCCAGGAAUGAGCGCCCAGACGCUGAUGAUCUCAUCGGUCCUGAAGACAUCCCACUGGCCUCGUUUGAUCUCCAGGUUCUCUUCCUUGUCAACAUACGCCGCAGUGAUCGACCAUUCAUCCAUUGCCUCGCUCUGUACCGCAUGAUGUGGGGAAAUCUGAAGGAGAAGGGCAGCAAUUUGUUCGGGUCGGAGCAGUCGUCCACGCCUCCCCCGCAGAGCGACCGCGACCAAGAUCUGACCACGAUCCUGGAUCGCUCGCAACGCGCAGAACUGACCCUUCUCGUUGGGGAGAUUUUGGCAUACAUGCGAAAUGGCAUUGAGGAACAAUUCCACAAAUCAGCGCCAGUAAGCGACAACCAACCUCAUCCUCAGGGAGGCAGCGAUCAAGCGGAGACCAGCCCCAAACCCACAGCCACGGACAACAACGCGGAAAAUAAGGAUGAAGAGUCAAGCACACCACCAACGCAAAAGCUGGGAGAGCUCAAGCUCACCACCCAAGAUCUAAAGUCCGAGGCCAACUCAUUGUCCUCCUUCGACGACUGGAGAGAUGCCGUGAUUCUCCGCAUCGGCGAAGUUGUCAACAAAGCCGAUGAACCUGGUGAUUCACGUUCCGAAAACACAACUUCGCAGGGCAAUCGCCCGCUGCCUACUCCGCCCAUAGAAGAAGACCAAGGCUCUUUGGAAAAGCUCCGUGAGCUUUAUCCUCCUGUGGACACUCCCCUUGCCAACCUUCCCCGAGCUAAAAAGCUUCUAAUUCUCCAUUCCCUACUUCUCCUUCUGCUUAGUCUGGAACACUACAAUGCUCGGUCACGGAUUCUGAUGCUAUACGUCUCGUCUAGCCUGGGGUUGGACGUCAAGAUUCUCAAUGAAGACGAGGUAAAAGUGGCUCGCGGGUUGCUCGAUACUGCCCUCCAGUUGUCGGCCAACGGAGAGGGCCAAGCCGAAGGCCGCACUCGUGAUCCAACUCGCAAGUGGAAGGUCGGGAUAGCCUCCGUCGUGGGUGCCACUCUCAUCGGAAUUACGGGUGGACUCGCUGCGCCCCUUGUCGCAGCUGGCCUGGGGACGGUCAUGGGAGGACUUGGUCUGGGAGCUACGGCGGCUGCAGGAUAUCUCGGUGCACUUGCUGGCAGCGGUGUUGUGGUUGGUGGUCUUUUUGGUGCGUACGGUGGUCGGAUGACGGGCCGCAUGGUGGACAAAUAUGCUAAGGAGGUGGAUGACUUUGCGUUUCUUCCUAUCCGCGGCACUCGCAGGAGACUGUUGAAUGACAAAGACGCUGCUCAGCAGGACCAUCGGUUGCGGGUUACUAUCGGUAUUACGGGCUGGGUAACAGAAGAGGAGAACUUUGUUGUGCCGUGGCGUGUGCUUGGACCUGAGUCUGAAGUCUUUGGCCUUCGCUGGGAAACCGAACCCUUGAUGGAUCUUGGGAACGCAAUGGACCUCCUGGUGACAAGUGCGGCCUACACAGCUGGGGAACAGGUUUUGAAAAAGACUAUUUUUGCGUCCCUACUCAGUGCCGUUGUCUUGCCCCUGGGUCUGAUGAAGAUUUCUCGCGUGGCUUCUAACCCUUUCAGUGUCGCAAAGGCGCGUGCUGACAAGGCUGGGGAGGUUCUCGCGGAUGCUUUGAUCAGCAAGGUGCAGGGCGAACGGUCUGUGACCCUGAUGGGAUAUUCCCUGGGCUCGCGAGUUAUUUUCUCCUGUCUCCAGAGUCUAGCUAAACGGAACGCUUAUGGCCUAGUCGAGUCGGCAAUCUUGAUGGGCGCCCCAACACCUUCGGAUACGGAGGAUUGGCGACGGAUGCGGAGGGUUGUCAGCGGACGCUUGGUCAACGCCUACUCGGACAAUGACACGGUUCUUGCGUUGCUGUACCGGACCACUAGCAUGCAGCUCGGUGUUGCUGGACUGCAGCCUGUGCAGGGAGUAGUUGGCGUUGAGAACUUGGAUGUGAGUGACAUGAUCAGUGGCCAUCUGCGAUACCAGUUUAUGAUCGGGCAUAUUCUGCGACGAGUGGGCUUGGAGAGCAUCGACGCCCGCGAAGUCGCCCGGGAAGAAGCUGCCCUGGCUGCCAAAGCAGAGAGACAGGAGCGCGAGCGAAUCCGCAACGCCCGUCGCGCAGGGGUUGAGCCCGAUGGGGAGUCGGCUAAGAGGGUAUUAGAGAGUGGUGAGCAGGCUGAGGAUGAAGAAGUCCGGCUGAAGCGGGAAGUUGCAGAGAGAACAAAGGAACGUCUUCCUGGUAGGGAAUCCGAUGAAGUCCGGCCUCCUCUGCCGCCGCGGAAGACGGAGGAUUGA